AUGAGCCCGAUACUGAGCGUGUCUACGAAAAUCGAGAUCGCGGCGUCUCCAGCUGCUGUCCGAUCAGUGUUCCUAGACUUUGCCCGAUACACGCAGUGGAAGCCAGGCUGGAUCAUUCAGCCGGCUGACGCUAGCAAGCAGCCCCUCGACCUGAAACCUGGCGAUGGCCUCAAAGUCAGCAUGGACGGAAAGGCUCAUAACCCAGUGGUAGUGGAAAACUCGCCCAAAUCUUUCCAAUGGGAAGGAUCACUGUUCGGGCUUGGAAAAGGCGUCCAUCAGUUUCACUUUGAACCAAGCGAAACGAAUCCAGGAGGCACCACGUUUACACAAGGAGAGGAUUUUCGAGGAAUCCUGAUCACGCUCUCCUCGCCGUGGUGGAGUGGAAGGAAGUUUGACAUGGACCCUUGGGAUAAGUUUAAUGCAGAUCUGAAGAAUGAGGUGGAGAAGUCUUCGAAAUAG